AAAGAAAGAAAGAAAGAAAGAUAGUGAGAGAGAAAGAGAGAAAGAGAUUUGCUGCGUUGAGAGCCACCGCCACCACUGACGCAGCAGCUUGUUUUCCGCAGGAGCCGGGCGCCACGAUACGAAGACUUGGACGGUUUGCAGUUGUGUGUAUUUGUUUGCAACGCGACUUGGCCGAGACGUAUCUAGCAUGGCGAUUGUGCAGGGUUGGCUGCCGCCGUCGCGCGAGAACUGGGAGUGGUUAUGCUGGAUGUGGCAGUUUUUUCCUCUGUUUACGACGGCGCAAUGGGUACUGGAUUGGUAUCCGCAGGGCAAGACGUCGACUGAGUCGCGGUUUAAUGUCGAUGGCAAGAUAGGAUGGGCGACGAUGGAGUGCGUGGGACCGCUCACGUUGGUGUACAUUAUGAUGUCGCUGCCGAAAGAGGUGGGAAUUGCAGAGCUGCCCAUGGGAAACUGGACCAUGGCAGGGUGUUUUGUCAUUCACUAUGUCUAUCGGGCCAUCAUCUCGCCGCUGCUGCUCAACCCCAGCAUGUCGCCCAUGCACAUUCUCAUCUGGAUAUCGGCGGUGAUUUUCCAGCUGUGCAACGCGAUUUCGAUAGGCGGCUAUCUGGCAGGGUACGGGCCGACGUCGCAGUAUGAGUGGAGUGCGCGGACCGAGUGGAUGUUUGUCGGGCUGGUGGUGUGGUGCUGGGGGCUCAUGGGCAACAUGUUCCACGACGACGAUCUACGGGAAAUCAGGAGGGCGGCAGGGCGGCGGCAGCGCAAAGAGGUAAAGGAGCAGGGCAAGGCGGUGGACAGGGUGGACAAGAUGUAUAUGAUUCCCAAGAACGGACUGUUCAAGUACGUCUUGUACGCGCACUACUUUUGCGAGUGGAUCGAAUGGGCAGGGUGGUGGAUUGUGGGCGGAUGGGGCUGCCACCCGGCGCGCGCGUUCCUUGUCAACGAGAUUGCGACGAUGCUGCCGCGGGCGUUGCAGGGCAAGCGGUGGUAUGAAAAGAAGUUUGGUAAAGAAAAACUAGAGGGGCGCAAGGCGGUGAUCCCGGGGCUGGUAUAGGUCAGGGGGUUUGUUUUGUGCACAAGAAGCUUUGACAGGCUAGUGGAUAAGCUUCUGGCGUUCCAUUGCCAGAAGGAAAGGGGGAGUAAUCAAAGGACGGUUCGGGUUCAGGUUCAGGUUCAGGUUGGAGGGAUUGCUUAGUGAGCAUGCAGCAGGGCAGUUUGUCGGGUGCAGGACUUGACCUGGUAAGCAUGACAUGGAGGCGUCUGGGGAGAUUGUGGAGUGAAACUUGUUGGCCACACCAGUUUGGGCGGCACUGGGGGUGGAUUAAUGGCAAGGUUGUGACGGGUAAUUGGGAUUGGGAUUGGGAUUGCAGGUUUUUGUGUUUUUUUUUCAUGCUGCUUUUCUUGUUUGGUGCGAUGGUUCAAGCAGCGGUUGCCGAUCGGGACAUGGAUGAAACUCGGAGCAGCAGGCGGAUGGCAG